AGGAUCGUAGCCUUUUUUCGUCUACGAAUUCUUUUUAAAAAAUGAGCAAUUUAACUGUUACGCCAUCUGGAGAAGGAAGGCAAACGACUAUUUUUGAUACUUUUAAAAGUUUUACCAAAGAUAAUUUGUCACAUGAAGUUCGUAGAAAUCUUUCUAAAUUAGAUCCUAGGUUACCUGAAGAUUUGAAAAAUAUUACUCUCUAUUUAAAAGAAGAGAAAAAUGUUUUAACAAGUUUACAAAAUGCUGCGAAUGAAAGAAGAGAAGCGAGCAAAUAUAUUUACGUGUGGGGAAGAGAUAUGGGUGAAGAUAUAGCUGAUGUAACUGAAAAAUUGGCCGAUUUAUUAACAAAAAUCUCAGAUGUUGAGAUCGUAUUAACAGAAAAAUAUGAACAUUAUAGAAAUAUUAUUAAAGAAAUUCGUGCAGCUGAGGAGCGUCUUAUUGUUCAUAAAGAAAGAAAACGAAAAAUUAAUGAUGAAAUACAUAAAAUAUCGAAAUCCCAUCCAAGAUCACCCAGAAUUCCUGAACUUGAAGCUGAUCUCAAAAUGGUUAAUCAUGACUCUUUAGCUGAUGAAACUGAAGUUGGUAAUAUUGUAAGAAAAAAAUUUAAAGAAGCUAUGGCACUUCAUUUAAAUGCUACUUUUGAGGCUUCGGAAAAGAUUGCUAUUAUUUCUGGUUUUGGUUGGGAUCUUAUUGAACAAAUUGAUCCUACUCCUAUUAAACCUGGGGAAUCAAGGGAAUAUAAAGGUCGGGAAAUAUCUUCACAGGCUAUUAAAGAUUGUCAAAUUGCUUUACAUCGUUGGCAACCAUCUCCGUCAGAAGUUAGACCUCUUUUACCAGCUUUAACUAAUACUGCGCCAGCACAAUUAGCAACCCAAAAAGCAGAAUAUGAAGCAAAAAUUAGUCAAAUUACAGGUUCUAUGACUGCUUUGAAAGAUGAACAUGAUACUCAAGUUGCUGAUUUUGCAAAAAGUUUAGAGAAUCAAAAACAAGAAUAUGAAAAACGAAUUAAUGAAUUUGUUGCCGCUUUAGCCGCACAAAAAGAUGGAUAUGAAGCACAACUUAAUGAUUUAUCUGCUGCAUUGCAAGCAGAGAAAGGAGAGUCUGACUCAAAAAUUGAUGCACUCAAUGCAGCUUUAGAAGCUGAAAAACAAGCUUCAGAAAAAAAGGUUAAUGAAAUUUCUACUGCGCUAGAAAAUUCAAAGAAACAACAUGAGGAACAAUUAAGACAAUAUAAUCUCGUAAUUUCUCAAAAACAAGAAUACGAGGUGGCACUUAGAGAGAGAGAUUCAAUUAUUUCUAAACUUCAAGCUGAUGUUAAUAGUGUGGCAACAGAAAAGGGAAAAUUAUCUCAAGUGGUAAAAGAAUUAGAAGAAACUCUCAAGUCUAAAUCUACAACAAUUGAUCAAAAAGAAGAUAAGAUUAGUAAAUUAGAAGAUGAUAUUUCUAGUAUAAAGGACCAGCUUUCAGGAUUAAAAAUAUCAUCACCUGAUACGACACAACUAUCGAAUCCUUCAAGCGGAAAUACACGUCAAGUUGUAGGAAACGUUCCAGUUUCUGGAGAAGGUAGUAAAGAAGAAACUCUUAGCCGCUCUGAUUCUAAUGCUACAGAUCAAGGACAAGUUCCUCUUAUGAGCGGUCAAUAUCAGCCUGGUGGUUUUGGACAUCCACCACCUCCCCCACAAGGAUAUUAUGGUCAACAAUAUUAUCAACAACAGCCAUAUUAUCAACAACAAUUUUAUCAGCAAGGUCAACCUCCAUUUGGUGGUUAUCAACAACAACAGCCGCCACCAGGACAGUUUGGUCAAGCUGGACCUACACCACAGCCACCAGGUAAUUUUGUUGGUGGCUUCUUCCUUGGACCUCCUGAUGAAGCACCGCCGGCCUAUGAUGGACCACCAAAGGAAGGAUUUCCCGAAGAUAAAAAAGAUUAAUGGACACAAUCUUAUUUUGGAUUAUUAUUAUUACUAUUAUUUAUUUAUUUAUUUAUUUAUUUAUUGUUUAUUAAAUAAUAAUUAAGUCUUCUAUUAGUAGUCGAAUCUAUUUACUGUAUUAUAUAUGUCAUUAGAAUAUUUCUCCUUUUAUUGUAUUCAUCAUUUUUUAUUGAAUAAAUUCUGUAAGUCACGUGAAAUUCUAACAGAGUCGGUUAAUGGCCUCGAUUAAAUAUUUGGCCAGAGUUAACGACAGAUCUAGAAUUGUAUAUGUUAUCACUGAUUUGGUCUGGAGUGAUAACUAACGUCAGAGAUGUCAAACUGAUCAGUU